AUGGCGCCCAACAAGACGAGAACGAUUAAGAACAAGCACGCCGCCAACGGCUCCGGCAUCAAGAACAGCAAGGCCGCGGACAAGAGGCCCGUUCCCGAUGGCAUCGUUAGGAAAUCCAGAGACACGCCCAAGGGCACCAAGCCCCUCAAGGCCGGCGGCAAGACGAAUCUCGAAGCCCUGCUGAAGAAACGCAAGAAGAAGAUCUACACGGAGGAAGAGCUCGGCAUUCCCAAGCUGAACAAGAUCACGCCGGUCGGCGUGGAGAAGCCCAAGGGCAAGAAGAAGGGCAAGGUCUUUGUCGAUGACAGAGAGAGCAUGAACACCAUCCUCGCCAUGGUUCAGGCCGAGAAGGAGGGCCAGAUCGAGUCCAAGAUGAUGAAGGCGAGACAAAUGGAGGAGAUCCGUGAGGCCCGCCGGGUAGAGGCCGAGAAGAAGGAAGAGGAGAAGAAGAACAGGCUGGAGGAGACCAAGGACUCGCUGCGCAAGAAGAGGAAGCGCAACCCCCGCGCCGAGGACGAGGACAAGAUCAGCCAGUACGCGACCGCGGGGUCAAAGGCCGCCAAGCCCAAGGCGAAGAAGAAGAGCGUCUCCUUUGCGUGA